CCCGUGUUUCUUCCUUUCUUGUUCUCUAAAGCAGCCGAAGGUGCCCUGUUCUUCCUCCGUCUUGCCCACUUUCUUCCAAAGCAGAUCGGAAACAUAAAAGCCUCUCAGUCACCGGCCUUCUUUCUCCCUAACAACUUCCAAGUAGAAAACCCAUUUCCCCUGUCUUCCUUUCUUUCUUUGUCUCUGAAGCAGCCGACCUCCCUUCUUGCCCACCUUCUUCCAAAGCAAAUCAGACAUACCAAAGCAUCUCAGUCACCGACCGUCUUUCUCCCUAACUACUUCAAAGCAGAAAAGUCCAUUUCCCCUCACCAGAAAAUCCCCACCAAAAUCCCAUUUCUCCUCCUUCUGUGAGUAUCCUUCCUUUUCUCUGAUUUUUUUUUCCUUUUUUGGUGUUUCUGCUACCAAUUUGGUGGUGAUGAAUGAUGAUGGUUGGUUGGUACUAUCUGGGCGACGCAACAAAGCAGGGCAUGGGUCGGUGAAGCCAAACGAAGCAGCAAUACCAGAGGGGAGUGAAGCGGAGGGUGUUCCGGCCACGGGACUUUGGAUUCUCAAAGCAUUGUGCCAUUCCAUUGUCUUCAAUUUCCAGCGAGAAACAGGACUCGGGUGGAAUCAUGAAAAAGGCACAAUUGAUGCUACUCCUCAACGAUGGGCUGAAUUGAAAGCGCAAAUGUUUGACAAAAUAGUAGUCACCGGUGAAACUGCAUGGACUCUAGUUGCUGUGCCUAUUCCUCCAGUACAACAGAAUGUGGGGUUUGAAGAUGCUGUUGAUUUGGAAGAAGGAAGUGGUGAUUUUGAUGAGGUGAAUGUCAUCCCAACACAAACUGGUGGAAGCAGUGAAAAAAGGAAGAAAAACACAAUUGGUCCUUCACUUACUGGCAAACGGAAGAAAGUGAAAGUAGGGGGUGCAACAUACAUGCAGAAACAAUUGAAUCGUCUUUGUGAUGCAGUUGAAAGUUAUACCACAACUACUUUGAGUGAUUCAUCAAAGAAAAAUUAUGAAACAUAUCCUGAUACCUCUGAAGAAUGUAUGGAGAUGUUGUUAACUUUACCUGGAGUUGAAGAUGGUAAUGAGCUUUUUAUGUUAGCAAGAGUUGGAAAGGGACAAGAUAAGGUCAGAGAUGGAGAGGGAGAGAUUCGGUGGUAGA